AUGGAAGCUGAGGCUCUAUUGAGAUGGAAAAAAAGCCUUCCACCACAAGAAUCAUCAAUUUUAGAUUCAUGGGUUGAUGAAAGUUCAAGCCAAAAUUCUUCCUUUUUAAACAUCCCAUGUGAAUGGAAUGGAAUUAUAUGCAAUAAUGAAGGAAAUGUUAGUGAAAUUGUUUUGGCUUACUCUGGUUUAAGAGGUACUCUUGAGAAAUUGAAUUUCUCUUGUUUUUCAAGCUUAAUUGUUCUUGAUCUUAAAGUUAAUAAUUUUUCUGGUGCAAUACCAUACUCCAUUGGAGCAGUUUCAAACCUUCAAUAUCUUGAUCUUUCCACUAAUUUCUUCAAUUCAACCAUUCCUCUUUCUCUGUCAAAUCUCACUCAACUUCUUGAACUUGAUUUAUCUCGUAAUUUCAUUACUGGGUUUUUGGAUUCACGUCUUUUCCCAAAUGGGUUUGGUAGUAAUUCAAAUCUUGGGUUAAGAAAUUUGAGAAAUUUCUUGUUACAAGAUACUCUUAUUGAAGGCAAAAUACCUGAAGAAAUUGGGAAUGUGAAGUUUUUGAAUUUAAUUGCUUUUGAUAGAAGCCAAUUCUCUGGUGAAAUCCCUCAAUCUAUUGGGAAUUUAACUUAUCUAACUGCUCUUCGUUUGAAUAGUAAUUACUUUUAUGGUGAAAUCCCAAAAAGUAUUGGAAAUUUGAAGCACUUAACUGAUCUACGUUUGUUCAUCAAUUCCUUUUCUGGUGAAGUGCCACAAAAUUUGGGAAAUGUCUCAUCUUUUGAAGUUCUUCACUUAGCUCAGAAUUUCUUCACUGGUCAUUUGCCACCACAAGUUUGUAAAGGAGGAAAGCUUUUAAAUUUCUCAACAGCACACAAUAGUUUUUCAGGUCCUAUUCCUUCAAGUUUGAAAAACUGUCCUAGUUUGUUCAGAGUUUUGAUGCAAAACAACAGUUUAACCGGGUCGUUGGAUCGCGAUUUCGGAGUCUACCCCAACCUUAAUUACAUCGAUUUAAGCUUCAAUAAGUUGGAAGGAAAGUUAUCUCCUAACUGGGGAGAUUGCAAGAACUUGACCCAUUUGAGGAUUGAUAAUAAUAAGGUAAGUGGUGAGAUUCCUGAAGAGAUAACUAAGUUGAAGCAUUUAGUUGAACUUGAACUUUCUUACAAUAAUCUCUCUGGAUCCAUACCCAAAAGUAUCGGAAAUUUGUCGAAAUUAUCGAUGCUUGGACUAAGCGACAAUCGGUUGUCCGGGCUGUUACCGAUCGAAGUAGGAAGCUUGGGGAAUCUUAAAUGUCUUGACAUUUCUAGGAAUAUGUUAAGUGGAUCCAUUCCUUCUGAAAUUGGUGAUCUUUCAAGGCUGCAAUUUUUGAGUUUGAGAGGGAAUCAAUUAAAUGGUUCAAUCCCAUUUAACAUUGGGUUUCUUGAUAGUAUACAAAUAAUGAUUGAUUUGAGUAAUAAUUCACUAAGUGGUGAAAUUCCUGCAAGUUUUGGGAAUCUCAAAUGCUUAGAGAAUUUGAAUUUGUCUCAUAACAAUCUAUCUGGCUUUGUUUCUAAUUCCUUAGGCACAAUGUUUAGUUUAGUUUCCAUUGAUCUUUCAUAUAACAAUCUUGAAGGCCCUCUUCCUGAUGAAGGUAUCUUUACUAGAGCGGAUCCAUCUGCUUUUAGUAAUAAUAAAGGGUUAUGUGGAGACAAUAUCAAAGGGUUGCCGAGAUGCAACGACGAUAGUGGCAAUAUUAAAGAGAGGAAGCUCGUAACGAUUCUCAUUUUUACUUUUGUCGCAGUAGUGUUGGUUUGUUUGCUACUCUAUGGAACUCUUAUUUAUGUCAUACGUAAGAAAACAGAGAACGAUAUGCCACUAGUGAAGGAAAGCGCAACAAUGACAACAACAUUUGAGGACAUAUGGUAUUUCUUGAAUGGAAAAGUUGAGUAUUCCAAUAUAAUUGAAGCUACAGAGAAUUUUGAUGAAGAGUAUUGCAUAGGGGAGGGAGGAUCGGGGAAGGUUUACAAAGUCGAAAUGAGCGAUGGUUCGUUUUUUGCAGUGAAGAAGCUACAUUAUGCGUGGGAUGAAGAUGAAGUGGUGGUCGAGAAUUGGGAUAGUUUUCAAAAGGAAGCUAGAGAUUUAACUGAAAUAAGACACGGGAAUAUUGUGAGUCUUUUGGGAUUUUGUUGUAAUAGAGUUCAUACAUUUUUGGUUUAUGAUUACAUUGAAAGAGGAAGCUUAGCCAACAUACUGAGCAAUGCCAGAGAAGCGAUAGAGCUAGAUUGGUUAAACAGGAUCAAAGCAGUGAAAAGCAUAGCUCGGGCGCUUUCAUUUCUGCAUCAUAAUUGUAAGCCUCCGAUUCUACAUCAAAACAUAACGAACAACAAUGUCUUAUUCGACACGAAGUUCGAACCCCAUAUUUCAGAUUUCGCUACUGCAAUGUUUUGUAAGGUCAAUGCGUCGAACUCGACCGUGAUUACAGGCACAACUGGCUACAUUGCUCCAGAGCUUGCAUACACGAUGGUGGUGAAUGAAAAAUGCGAUGUCUAUAGUUUUGGUGUUGUAGCACUUGAAAUUUUAGGAGGAAAGCAUCCCAGAGAUCUCAUAUCUACGUGGCAUUCUUCACCGGAAAACAACAUUGAUCUAAAAGACAUUUUAGACAAUCGUUUAGAGUUUCCUCGAACGCCAAAGAUCGUCAACGAGCUUUCUUUGAUAAUGACCCUAGCGAUCUCGUGCGUCCAGGCGAAGCCACAAUCACGACCUACGAUGUAUAACGUGAGUCGGUUGUUGGAAUUGCAGGCUACAAUUGGUUAA